AUGGAAAACGUCCAAAACGACGUUACGUACUUCACAGAACACGAUGAAGCUAAACGUAUAGUAGAAGAAAUAUCUUCCCUGUCAAUUGGACUCCUUUUUGAUGAAAGUAAAACAGACUCCGCAUCAAAUGAAAGCAAGGAUGACAUUCUGGAGAAAUUGGUCUCAAAUAUUAAUAAAAUCAGCGAAAUUGUAUCCAAGUAUCUGGAUAUCGAAGUGCUGUUGUAUCAGUACAUAGAAACAUUGAUUGGAGAUAUAUUCGAAAUUCUAAAAAGAUUCGUAAUCUUACCUAACGCACUCAAGUUCGAUAUUAUAAGAAGAAUAGAAUCUAAGAAAUCUAUUUCCUUGAUAGUCCUGGAAAAGCUAUGCUUCUACCUGUACAUAAUUUCCAAGUGCGUAGGAGUUAGGCGGCUUAUAAACUACGCACCAAAUGAUGUAUCUCUGUUUGAAAAGAUAACAGAAACCAUUGAAAUCAUACAAAAUACAAAUUCCGAAACAACCGAAAAGGAAAUACAAAAACACGAGGAUCACCUCUGGUGCUUGGAAUUCAUAUUCCUAUCCUGGGAAUCUUUGAUGGUUUACACACCGUUCGAUUUAAAUACGAUAUGGAAACACCCUUUCGAUGAGAAAAUCACAUUUCAAACAAGAAUUCUAACCUGCUCAAUGUAUUACCUGAACAAGCCGACAAAGGCAAGAGACGGUGCAGCCAUGGUAAUAUCAAAUUUAUUUUCGAGAAAAGACGUCUUGAAUUCUCAAGAUUUCCAAUAUUUCCUCAAGUUUUGCCAAGAUAUUCUUACUAAUCCGCUGUAUAAUGUAGAUUUUCCAGAAUGCACCAAUGACUAUUUAACAGUGACAAGGUCAUCAAACAAUGUAAACAAUCACCUAUCAAUUGGAGUCUUAAUGGUACUCAAACAGAUUAUAAAGAGAGUACAAACUUCUGACCUGGCACCUUAUUUGGACAUUAUUGAGUUUUGUUUGUUAAAUUGCGAUGAAGUUAUCAUUAACUCGGCAACUAAGAAACUUAGGUCGUCCUGUUUAGGUCGUCUAGCAUUGCACAUGUUGCCGCCUCAAGAAGAUUCUCAAAAAUAUCGUAGGAAAUUUAGAACCAUCUUCACUAAACAAAAGCCCGAAGAAGAGGCUGAGAACACAGAUUCGAACACGGUUGUGAAUGGCAGAAUGGCAAAUGCAUUUGAUACAGCUCGAGUGGAGGUUAUGCUUUCAAAAAUUCUAGAAAGUCUGAUUGACAAUGACAUUAGAGUUAGAUGGGCAUGCGCAAAGUCGUUGGGUAGAAUAUCAUCAAGGUUAACCAUACAAAUGAAUGAGGAAAUACUUGACCAUAUCAUUGAACUGAUUAGCUCACAAUUUACCCGAACUGUUAACGGAACACCAACUGAUGUUUUGGACAUAAAUGGGAAUUUGAUUAGUUGCUUAACAUCACCUAAAGUCAUUGUGCAACCAUUAAGCGCUGAAUGCGAGUGUGUGGUCCACGGAGGUUGUUUAGCAAUUGCAGAAAUUCUGAGAAAAGGCCUGAUUCACCCACAUAUGCUAAACAAGGUUCUGGAUACCACAAUAUUAACACUUUCAUUCGAGGUCUGGAGAGGGAAAGGAUCGGCAGGAACGGCAGUUAGGGACGCCUCUUGCUUCAUUUGUUGGGCAAUAGCCAGAACUUUCACGAAAGAAAUGCUCAGCAUCAACCACAUCUCUAGGAUUAGCAUGGAAUUAGUCAACGUAAGUCUAUUCGACUCCAGCGUGAAUUGCAGAAGAGCAGCCUGUUCGGCAUUGCAGGAGCUUGUAGGAAGGUUAGGAACUGUUUCAAAAGGUCUGGAACUCAUACAGAUGUGUAACUACUUCACGGUUUCUAAUCGCAAGAAAGCGUUCGUAGAAGUAUCAGAACAAGUGGCAAGACUUGGUUACUACUCAAACUCAAUGUUACAAAAUCUUAUCAGAACAAAGUUAUUUCACCCAGACAUGGCAACGAGAGAGCUCUCAUCACUAGCCAUAUGUAAAAUAGUAUCAGCAACUCCACAUUUAUCACUUUCAUAUAUUAAUAAUUAUCACACGCGAAAUGAGAACAACAAAGUCAAUAACAUUAAUGACAAGCAAAGUAUUGAGUUCACAGUCACGUCGUUAAUUGACUACCUAUUGGACAAUUUAUACACUUCAUCGACCUCUACAACGCAGGGUGCGCUGAGAGCCUUGGCAAGGCUAUUGUACUUAGUGAUUGAGACCAACAUACCCGUGAAUUUAAUAUUGUUCAAGGUUUUGGAUGUGCCCGUAACCUUUGAAAAGAAAAGGCUUUUCCGCAACAAAAACUCAAACAUAAUAAGACAAGCUAUUUGUAAACUCAUAACAGUUAAUUGUAAACUAACACUACACACGAAUACUUUAGCAACGUACAACUACACAGAUAAUGUGGAUAAGUUUAAAAAAAUCAUAGACUACUACAUUGUUAUUUUGAAGGACAGCUUAAGGAAUUUUGCACUAGAGGUUCAGUUGUCUGCAGUGGAGGCAUUUGAGCAGCUUUUUAUGAUAAUAAGAGAUGUAGACGUGUUGGAAAACCUUUUGAAAUUUUUUAUAGAUUCCAUAUCAUCAAGGAUUGACCACAUUGCCGCAAGGAGAGGCUACGCUCUCGUUUUCUCUUCGAUACCACUCAAAGUCUUUACUGAUAUUGAUGAGGCCAAGAAAAUUCAUAAUCUUAAAAAUGAUAAUCAUUUAAAUCAUUCCAACCACAUAACUGAUGUCAAUGAAUCGAAUACUGUGUAUGAGGUGUUAGCUCUGCUCUGCAAUGAGAUAAGGACCAACCUAAAGUACCAAGAAGUUAAGGAUUCCAAGACCAGACAGUUUGCAUUGUUGUCAAUUCUAUCAAUUCUGAACAGACUUAAAAACAGUGUGCUGGAAAAGAAGAUUUUGGAACAGAUUACUGAAACCCUAGUUUUGUGUUGUAACGACUACGAAGUAGACUCAAGAGGAGAUGUUGGUUCAUGGGUCAGGGAACUCUCAUCUGAAGUUAUUAGCUACGUGCUUAAUGCUUACCUCUUUAAAAACAAUCACUAUAAGGGAAAUUCGCACAAUAUUUUCAAGAAUAUGGAUAAGCAAAUGGCAACUAGCCUCACAGGUGGAUUGGUAGGACUAGCUCUGGAAAACUUGGAGCACGUGAGGUCGAGGAGUACAUUUCUCAUGUGUCACCUCUUCACAAAUAAACUCUCUAAAUUAAAUUUCAAGUGGAUAUGGAACAGAAUAUUCUACAACAUACCCUAUGAACAGAUCAUAUCCUCAAAUGAAGAUUAUUGCGCUAGAACAAGAUAUGCAUCUACUACAAAUUCAACCACUACACCUGAAACUAAAAUGGAUGAUGAAACAGAAGAUGCUAGCAGAGUAACUGAUGAUGAUAGAGUUGUUGACUAUGAAAUUGAAAAAUACAUUGACAGGAAUUAUGAAAUUGAUAUGUAUAUAAAUAUAGAUAACAGACUCUUGGACGGAUUCAAUAUGCUUUUUGACGUUUCUAGAAGUUUAAUACAAGUCAUUUCAACUAAUUAUGAAACUAAAUCAGAAAGUAAUAACGAAUACGAAUUUGACCAUCAAAAAUCUGUAUUAAAACAACAAAAGUAUUCUACAGAAAAUGAUGGAUUGAUUCCCGUUAAUGAUUGUGAAAACCUUCUUGAGUAUUCACUUACCAACUCGGAAAAGUUAAACGUCGUUUUGAGAAUACCAGGCUGGUCAGCUGCACCUCUAACAUUCAGGACUUUCCUCUGGGUUCUUCUGAUACCCUCUUACACCAGAGUGGCCUUCAAGUCCAUUGUUAAGAUAAUUGGUGAAAAUAACAGGAUCGAAGUGAACAUCCACUCCAACAAUAGUGUACUUGUUCUGGAGGACGUUUUGAUAGAGUUCAUUUCACAGAACAAAGACACAUUUAUAUGCUGGGAUAAGGGGGUAAAAUGCUUUGAGAUGGUCCUGAGAGAUUGCUCAAUAGAAAUAUACAAAGAGGCGAUAGAGGCAAAUGACUCUAAAACAUCUCAGAAGCUUGUAAACUCCCUGAAGAUUCUGUUCAGCCAUAGGCUUCUUGAGGUUCAGGAGUGGUAUGACCUGAUUGAAAUGAUGGUAAAUGAGUCAAAAAGAACCACAAACUAUGCUUAUCUCAAGAGUAUCAUCAGAUGUCUAGAAGUUUUACUUAUGUACGAGUCCGAGUCUUUCACAAAGGAUAUCCUCAAGACUCUACUCCAACUCCUGCUCCACCAGUAUCCCACAAUUCGUUCCUACGUGGCUUCUCACCUAAGUCUUGCCCUUAGCAGCAGGGAUGAUGUUUUUGCCGAGGAGGCCAUGGAAAUCUUGGAAUCCUGCUCCUUUCAUAUGGAAGAUGAAGAUACUAUUUUAAAUUCAAUUAAUAAGCUGAGUACACUACUAAAGGUUUAA